CUCUGGGGGCGUGUCGGAGCAUGAGGACCUGCAGCGCCAUUUCCUCCUUAAAAUGGCUGAAAAAUAAAACGGAAAUAAUUCAAAUAAAUAAAUAAAAAGAAACAGAAAGCUCUCGUGCUCGCUGCUGCGGUUCGUGUUGGACGCCAGCGGGUACUUCCGGGUUCUACUGAGAGAGAAACUUUCCAAUGAACUGCACCAGGGUUCUCCACGUGGUGAACCCUCGCCCCGGGGGUCCGUCUUCCAUCAUGCCUGUGGACGUGGCGAUGAGGAUCUGCCUGGCCAGUUCUCCUCCUCUGCGCUCCUUCCUGUUGAAGCGCUGUGAACCGCUGCGACCCUGUCUGUCCUCCGGAGUCUGCGGCGACACUUUCAAUGGCGAUGUCGGCACGACAACCACAACCUCGACGUCAGCGGCCACAGAUAUUGGUGGUGGUGGCCUGGUGUGGCUGAGGAGGAGGAGGAAGAAGAAAAGUGUGGUGUUUGCAGACUCCCAUGGUUUGGCGCUCACCGCCGUCCAUGUCUUUAACGAGGACGAGCUGCUGACCGAGAUCGAGAUAGAGGGUUCCGCUGCCGGACUGCACCUGCGAGACAAGAAAGUCGCUGCAGAUGGGGUUCCAGGUUGGGUUCUGGACUUCACCCAGCCGGCUGCAGACUAUCUGGACCUGAGGAACCGGCUCAAAGCCCAGCAGGUUUGUCUGGAGACUUGUUCUGUCCAGGAGCGUCUGCUCUCAGGCACAGUUCAGGUCCGAAACCUCUGCUUUGACAAGUCUGUCUCAGUGCGGAUCACCUUUGACUCGUGGCAAUGCUUCCAGGACGUUCCAUGUUUCUACCUGAACAACGUCUACGGCUGCCCCGACACCAAUACUUUCUCCUUCUCCGUCUCGGUACCGGAGAGCCUCGAGCCCUCCGACAAAGUGGAGUUCUGCAUUCAGUACCGGACUCCGGACCACACCUUCUGGGACAACAACCUCGGGAACAACUACCGGCUGGCGGAUGCAGGCGGCAGGCUGACCCGGAGCACGGAGAGCCCUGCCGGCCUGCAGAUCCAGAGCAUCCGCUGCGGAGCGAAGAGGGAGGAGAUGGAAUUUGAUCCCUUUGGAAGUCCCAGGAUGUCGGCGGGGAUCUUCCCUAAUUGGCAGAGCUGGGGCCGUGUGGAGACCAGCGCCCCCUACUGGUGAGACCCCCAGAGGACGUUUUCAAUGUUGCACUCAAGGAUAUUCACUGGACCCGCAUAUGAGCACUGAUGUAUCCUCUGGAGGGCACCCUGCCGUGUUUGUACGACACACUGCAAAUUAUUGCUUUCACUUGAUCCACUUUAGCUGCCACAACUUGAAUUAUUUGAGUCUUUAUGAAAGACUCUAGAUUACAGACAAUUCAGGUUGUCUCAAUGUCUUGGACCCGACAGCGCCCUGAAUCUCGUUCAUCCAUGUCUGCCGGGAUCACGCUGCCCUAAAAGAACCAAACCCGGGUCACAGCUGGCCGAAACACAGCCAACACGUUUGGCCCCACUCCGCUGGAUGCCCAGCAGCCCUCAUGGUAAACCUUUAAAACAAUACAAAGAGAUUUGUUGGUGCUUUGUAGAAGCAUGCAAAGAACUCAAGAGUCACAUUUUAAUAUAUGCAAGUAUGAACUGAGCAGUUUUAAGACAUUCACACGAUAAUCAGGAGUCAUUAAGUCUUUGUAAAUGCAUCCAAAGGAUUUGGUAACUUUCCACAGAAUCCAUGAGGUGACCUGUAAGGCUUUACAAGUCUGCAAUUUGCGCUCUAUUAAACCUCCCAAAUACCCACCAGAGGUUCAAGGACUUACGGAUGUUUGUAACCUUGACCCUAAGCUGCAUCGUCAUUGGAAACUGUUUGGGGAAAGUAAGGCGCUUUCAAAUCAUACUGUGCAGGUGAUUGGAUGAACCAUCUGUAACUCUAACUUCAACCCAUCAGAUCGCUGCCGCUCUUUGCCAGUCACUCCGCAGAACUGAAGCUGCCAGUCACUCCUCAGGAUGCUGAUCGGAUCAAAAACAAACAAAUUACUUGAAGCCUGAAAAGAUGAAUUCUCACGUGACUUUGUGAUAUCACGGAAAUCCAUACGGCUCCACAAAGCUUCAUUACACGCCUCCUCAGGAUUCUAAAUGCAAUUCAAGCACCCACACUUGGAACUAAACAUUCUCCAGCUGCACAAAUGACUCAACAACCAGAGGAGGAUUGAAGGAGGAUUUCUCUGUCCUCGGCUCUUUUGAAGUGUAGUUCCUCUGAUCCUCCUUUAUUUCCCACCUUGACAGCUGAUUCCUGAUUCUUUGGAGAAGACCAGUCUGAACACUGUUCAGAGACUGAAACCAGUCCGACUUCUAGGGUUUAAGGAGAUGAAUGAAAGGUGUGCUGUGGACCGCAUAAUGGAAACCCUUCUGCAGUCUCUGGUUUCAGGUUGUUCCUCUGUUUCCUGUUACAUGUUGAACCUUGAUGCCUUCAGGAUCCGUUCACCUUUUGAUUCAGUUCAAAGAUCUUUAUUAUCCAGAACCAGCAAACCUACAGGACUUCAAGAUCUCAUGGGGGGGGGGGGAGGGGCAUUUGGAUUAAGUCCAACCUAAAAAGUACUUUUGGCAUCCCUUUUAGGUUUGGUAGAAAAUGUGUACCCCUUAACAUCUUUAUUAUUUGAUAUGUCUGUCAUUUGUAUGAAUAAAGUAUUACGAUGGUGUAUUAGGGCCAUUGUAGGUAAACAAUAUGGAGUGGGGAGGGGUGGUGGGCAUAUUCAAAGAAAACACUCAAGAUUAAAGUCCUACAAAAAACUCAGAUAUUCUCUGACAUUAAAGCGGUAAAUGUAGAAGAACAAUGGACUUCUGUCCAUCGGCAGCUCAUCAUAGUCUCACUGCGACACUAAACCUGCACUGCAGUUCAUGUUACUGGAAACACUUUGAAGCUCCAAAAGUUUCCCUUGCAACCAAACUGGAUCUUUUUUACGCCUUCAGUCGUUCUAUAUAAGCAGACCUUCAUUAGCAGCACUCAAAAUGCUUUCUGUUCACGCUGAUAACUUGUCAACUCUGGAUCUGGAUCUCAUGGGGGUUUUGAUCCGAAGUUUGACCCCCCCCCCCACACAAGUUGCUAAACGUCCCAUUAGCGGUCAAACGUUCAUCAUCCUCUGCAGACUGCAUCAUGUGGAUUUAAUGUUUUCACAGAGAACACAGGGUGAGCGUCUCUGUAAGGGGUUUACCCACAAUGCACAACUAAAGCACAUUAUAUGUAUAUAGCACAGCUGUCUUCUGCUGAGACUUCCUAGAUCCCCCAUAAUGCCUCAGUGUUCUGAUUUUUCUCAUGUUUUAUGAUUGUUAAAUUGAAGUAUUUUUAACAAGGAUCUUAUUCUUGUGGAUACAUUUAAGUAAACGCAUGCGGUAAUACAUCUAAAAGGGAUCUACUUUCAGCAACGCCUCGGCUAACUGAGUUAGCUGCUCACUGUUAUUUACUGAUAGCUUCCGCAGCUGAUCCACAGAUAAAACUUCCCUUUAAAUAAUAUUUUCUUUUCUUGGUGCACUUUCUGAGCUGUGAAUAAUGUGACUUCUGCAGACUGAGAAUCAGCACUUUUAGGAGAAACGUGUUAAUAUUACGCCUAUUCUUUGCACAAACAGCAUAAAAGCUAAUAAUAAAAGUUAAACAUGCAACAAACCUCUCCAAAUUCUGAAUAAAAAAAAAUGUAAAUACAUAUAACUACAAAUAUUUCUCAUUUCAAGGCACCUUGUCUUGUUUUAAGUCAGCAUGAUGCAUACACCAACUGUUAUUUCCUGAUGCAUAUGAAUGCAUCGCGGAUGUUUUCUUUCUUCCUGUUAGCAUGUGGCUAACGUUCGCUGGUUCCCUCUGUAACUAACGGCUCGUUAAUGACCUGAGUACAGUAGUCUGGUUGUCACGGUAACUGCUGUAGAUGAACCUUGAACUUCCUGUUAGCUCCUGUAGCCUUACCAGAAUAAAAGCCUUUGCUAAGCUAAAACAAACACUUCCAGUGCUCUUACCUGAGUGUGAAUAAUAAUAAUAAUAAUAAUAAUGUGGAACACGUGUGCAGCAUCUGACAGGAAGUCUUGAAGGGAAAUGUAAAGUUUAAAUGUUGAUGAACGGCUGCCGGCGGCCUCGUGCUGCGUUCAUGCCACUUCAGAUUUAUUGUGAAAUGCACCUGAAGAAACACUCGGUGCCAUAGUUUUUAUUUAAAAAAUGUUUCCACUGGACACUUUUUAGGAUGAAUUGCUUAUUGAAAACACUGCUUUAUUACCUAGUUGUUUUAAUAUUAAAGUUAAUUAAAAACUCUUUCAUUGAGUUGAAGUUUG